UACAGGUACGUACAGCUAGCCUAAAUAUAUGCAUAUGCCCGGCCUCUUAGAAGAGAUAUCCUUGAACCAAGCUUCACUUGUUAGCUCUCAAAUGGAACCUACUACCCAAAUGGCUCAUGACCAGCAACAACCAAAAUGGGAAGGCGAGGCUAGGGCAGAGCUAAUAGGCCCUAAGGCAGAACAAGUGUGGCCUUUGUUGGAGGACUUCUUCGGCCUACACAAGUGGUUCCCAACCCUAACCACUUGCCUUCCUGUACAAGGCGUAUCCGGUCAACCAGGCUGCGUGCGCUAUUGCGCCGGAUUCAAAACUCCGGUUGAUCAUGAAAGCAACCAGCCGGAGCAUCUGAACUGGACUAAGCAGGAGCUACUGUCCAUAGACCCAAGCCAGCUGACGUUUAGCUAUUCCAUUGUAGACGGGAAUGUCGGGUUCAACUCGUACAUUUCGACUGUGCGAGUGGUGCCGAAGGAAGGUGGAUGCAGCAUUGAGUGGAAGUAUGAGGUUGAGCCAGUGGAGGGGUGGACACUGAAGGAUCUGGACGUGUUUAUAGGCACUGGUUUGCAAGUCAUGGCUAGCAGAAUGGAAGCUAGCCUCUCCAAACUCCAAGUUUGAGCUUUUAGUAUAUGCAUGACUUUUUCUGUUAAGGUGUUAAUUAAUUGUUUGGUGUGAUCAGUAAUGUUGUUAAAUGGUUUUCUUUAUGAGAGUGAAAAUUAAAUGUGAUCUAGUA